CCAAAACAUAUAUCACAACUGGUUUCUUAGAAAAUACUAUGUCAUUUUCUCUCUUUCUUCUACUAACACCCUUGUUUCUAGUAUUCAUCAUUAGGAAAUAUUUGAAAUCCGGAAAGAAGCUCCCACCAGGCCCACGACCAUGGCCGAUCAUCGGAAAUCUAAACCAAGUAGGAAAGAACCCUCAUGUCUCAACUGCCAUCUUGGCUCAAGAACAUGGCGGACUUAUCUCUCUCCAUUUAGGUACUCAGGUUCUCAUUGUUGCAUCUUCUCCUGAGGCAGCCAUGGGAAUUCUUAGGACACAAGACCGCUUUCUUUCUUCUCGUUUUGUUCCUAGUGCAUUUCACUCUAACUAUUUACCUUUCGCACUUAUUUGGUCACUAGACUGUAAUGAAAACUGGAAAUCCUUAAGAACCCUUUGUCGAAUUGAGAUGUUCUCAGUUAAGGCCUUAGAGUACCAAUCUAGUUUGAGAGAGGAAAAGUUGGCUCAAAUGAUAGAUUUCUUACGUAGAAAGAAAGGACAAGUUGUUAACAUAGAGGAAGUUGUUUUUACAACAAUGUUUAACACUUUGAGCAACAUUUUCUUUGGAAAAGAUUUUCUUGAUUUAGAAGAUCAACGCGGAACUGCAAGUGGUUUGAAAGAGAAACUAAUCAAGAUAUUGGAGAAUGGACUUGCACCAAAUAUAAGUGAUUUUUUCCCAAUAUUGCAGAGGUUGGAUCUUCAAGGGCUAAGAAAGCAAACCUUGAGACAUGUGGAUGAGGUAUUUGAUUCUUGGGUGGGUAUAAUUAAUGAAAGAAGAUCGGUUGCAGCCGCGAAUAAGGAACAUUGUUUCUUGGAUUGCUUGAUUGAGAAUGGCUUCUCAAAUGAGCAGAUAAAUGUAUUGGCUUUGGAGUUAUUCACAGCGGGUACAGAUACAACAACCUCGACAAUUGAAUGGGCUAUGGCUGAGUUGAUAAAGAAUAAAAAUGUUAUGUUUGAACUUCAAGAAGAGCUAAAACACAAAAUCAACUCUAACACCAUUGUCGAAUCCGAAAUUUCAAAUUUGCCUUAUCUAAACGCGUGCAUUAAAGAAACCUUAAGAUUACAUCCUCCUGCCCCUCUUUUGCUUCCACACCGUGCGAUCCAAACAUGUGAGGUCUUGAACUAUACAAUCCCUCGUGGGGCCCAAAUAUUGGUGAACAUUUGGGCAAUUGGUCGAGACCCAAAAAUUUGGGAAGAUCCUCUUUCGUUCAAACCCGAAAGAUUUCUUGGCUCAAGUUUGGACUUUAGAGGGAAAGACUUUGAGUUCAUACCAUUCGGUGCAGGGAGGAGGAUGUGUCCGGGUUUACCCUCUGGUAUUACCAGUGUUCAAUCUAUACUUGCAUCUUUGAUACUUCGAUUCGAUUGGAUUCUUCCAAGUGAUCAGGAUCCAGUGAAGCUCGAUAUGAAUGAAAAAUUUGGGGUGACUUUGCAAAAGAAUAAACCUCUACAACUCAUUUUCAAACAUUUAAACUAAUCAUAUGUAGUAGUUACUAAGUUUUAGUAGUAUUUUUUUCCAUUUGUGUUUAAAUGUUCGUGAUCCGACCAACGCUGCAUAAUAAAUUGCACAUGUACUAGUUAUAUAAUAAUAUUUUGAAUAAUGAAAGCUUCUUCACUUUGA